AAUCAGCAGCCAUGCCUAUACAAAGCUACGCGAAAGCAUAAUCUUAUUGUAGAGCUUAUUUUGAACACGCCAGUCGUAUAGAGAUUUUAGCUAUCUUGCUAAUGACUGCAAUAACCAAUUUGACAUCAGUACAGACUCUGUGAGGAAGACUGAGAAAGCCUUGAUAACAGAAGACGUUUCUGGCCACCAAGAUGGCUCUAGAACUGCUCUGUGAUGUGGUCCAGAGAUGUCAAGCAAUCAAGGAUGAAGGCUUCUCACCGGAAGACUAUGAUUUAUUCUUCACUGCAGGAAGAACCUGUAUAGAGCAAGGCAACAGUGCUCAGGUUCUCAGCAUCCUAGUUGAUGAGAAGAACAAGAGCAUAGUGAGAUGCAUGGGCUGGAAUCUGCUGGGGCCACUAGUACAGAUCCUCUUGAAGAAGGAAGACAGAAACCUUCCACACUGCCAUGCCAUCCUGUCACAUCUGCUGGAGGUUUGCAGUCCUAAAGAGCUGCUGGUGGGUUUAUUGGAGCAGGUGGAAGAGGCUGAUACUGGCUCCAUCGCUGAGACAGUUACUCUUCUCCUCAAGCCUUUACAAACAGUGCUGCUGCGGCUGGGCAUGAAGAAGGCCUCGACUGUGGGCAUGGCUCUCUCCACACUUCUUAGCCAGGUGGCCAGAUUGCCGGUGCCUGUCACCAAAGAGCAGGAGGAGGAUGAUGUUUUUGGUCUGUGUCACUGCUGCACUGCUCUUCUACAUUUUGUCAAGCCCUUUGUUGAGGAGAUCAAGGAGGUUGUGAAGGAUAACAACAGAAUAUCCAAGGACAAUGAGCUCAGAGUGGAACUACUCAAAUUCUGUAUGAAGAGUUUAAGUAAGCCUCUACUGGAGGUGAAGUUGAAAGAUCCAGACACACUUCUGAAAUCCCCUCUGAGAGACUUUGCUACAGAGAUACUGAUCAUUUUGUCAAGUAUUGGGGAGUCACUCCCUGAUUUGUUAAGUCGUAAUGUACUGAAGAGAAGGGAGGUCCCAGGUUUUCUUGAAGAGGAGGUAAGAUACCCGAAGGAGUCAUUGGCCUGCUUGUCCCACCUGCUUUUUGUGGAUCAUAUAGCUGUGGACAUCUUUCCAGCUGUUCUCAGUCCGAUUUUUGUUCUGAAAUGCAACAUGGAAUAUAUUGAGCUGCUGUUAAGCAGAACUGAAGAAUCCCGUCUGCAGAAAGGACUGGAAUUGUAUGAAAAAAGUCUUAUCAGAGUGGAAGAUAACAGUCUACCAGUAGAUCUUUUGGAGCUGAAGACAUUUUUCAGUGUUCCACAGAAUUUGGUUAAAGUUAUGACGCUGUGUCCAGACCAGACUUUGAGAACUAAAGGCCUGAAAGUGUUUCAGCUGAGCAUUGACAAAUUCAACACAGAGGCCAAAUACAAGUUUUUCAAGGGCAUGUUGAAAACAAGUCACCAUGCAGGGGUGGAGGGAUAUAUAAUCAAGAACAUCAAGAAUCAGAUUGACUUUUCACUCAAGCCAUAUAAUGGUAAUGAUUGGUUCCUGGGUAAACAUCUGCUGCCACUGCUGCGGCUAGUGCUGUGCCUUCCACAUGGACCAGAAACAGACCUGCUGCAGAACUUAGACAGGAUCAUGGAAUCACUGAACCUCCUGAGAUACAUGCUCAUCCGAGAUAAAGAAUGGGAGAAUGAGACAGGAAUCUGGACAGAGCUUUAUAAGAUUGAGGACAACUAUCUGAAGCCACUGAGGACCGGUCUGAACAUGUCCAAAGCACAUUAUGAGGCAGAACUGAAGAGCGCGAAAGAAAAUAAGAAGAUCAGUUCAAAAGACUCUAAAGCAUCAGUCUGCACAGUAACUGUUGACAAUGAGAAGCUGCCCAACAUGACACCAGAAAUGCAGAUUCAGGUUCUGCAGUCAGCCGUCUUCACAUUUGAUCUGAUAGAGGGUGUCUUGGCUAGAAUUGAGGAGAUAAUCGAGACUAAAGAAAGACCCCUGUCAUGAUGUGAGAGACUGUAUGACCCCUUCAACAUCUUUCCUUUCGGUUAACAUAGUCACUCUUCUUGAAGCAGAUUCUUUUAAAGACCCUAAAACCAAUCACAGGGAUAGAUAGCCACCGGCUCUAGGGUGGGGAACAAAGCAUGGGCUUUUUUUUUUUGUGGGUUUAUUUAGCGGUAUUUUCUCUCUGUCCACUCUGGCUCCAGUUGCGCAUCACUAUACAGUAACAUAUUAGUGUAGUUUAUAGACAGUGAGAAAACACGAAAAUCAUAUUUGUAACUUUUUUUUUGGAUUUUCAAGGUUUGACCACUGAACUAUGAUUGUGCAAAUUUGUACAUGUCAAGAUACUAAUGUAGAAAAGUCAUGUUAGGUAACCUAAAAAUGUAUAUGACAGUACAAUAUGUUGUUGGAUUAUCAUUAUUUCCAGGCUUGAAAUGUUCAGCUUUGUGUAUGUCAGUCACAAAAAACAAACACUGUGAACUAUGCAAAACUUGCAAAAACUAUGCACAGGUUAAGAUUGGAGUGGAAAAUGACCUAGAGCUUUAAGAUGCUGUUUGUACCUGCAUUUUUGCAUCUUUCUUGCCUGUGAAAUCACUGCUCUUUUGUGAGGGAAAUAUUUAGCAAUGUUGUUCUCUUCUGAUUUUGCUUUGAGUAAAUACCAUUGUUUCCAGAUGCAGUUUUUCUUUUC